GUUUUAAUGAUAUGUAAUUUUUUUCAAUAACUUGUUUGUUUUUUUUAUUAUUAUGUGGAUUCGGCUUAUUCAGUGCGCCUUCAAUGCUGCAUACUUGCUGAUUACUUAUGAUAGAAGUUUAUAGAAAGAUGAUGAAAUUUCACCGGAAGCUGUAUGUAAUACACUCAAAGCUGCGUUACUGCGCUAAUCCGCAGCGCCGCGGGAUUUCUUCAUCGUCAACACUGCGGGACGAUGGGUACUACAUCGUAUUGCCGGCCAUUCCUCCGGACACUGCGGAGACGAAUCCGCUGCUGAAUGAGAGCGGACUGCCGCAGUUCGACAAAAUCACUGAUGACCAUCUCGUCAGCGGUCUGAAGAAGAUCAGCAUUGACUAUGAAUCGGAGUUCUACCGCGUGGAAGAAGAAAUUCAGAAAACCAAACAGCAGCGAACCUUCGCCACGGUCUUUGAUCCGUUGGACAGGCUGAAGCACAAACUGGUGCGGACGUUUAGUUGCGCCAGUAUACUCAGCGGCGUCAGGAGGUCGCCUAAAGUGGAGGAGGCUCUUUUAAUGAGUGAAGCUGCCGUUUGGCGGUGUUUAUCGCUUCCCAGUACCAGUGCGACCAUUCUGAGAUCAAUCAAGGAAGUUGACCGGGAGCAGACGAAUCUGUCCGAAGCUCAGCGUGGUGUUCUCAACAAAUAUCUGCUGGAAAGUCGGCUAAGCGGAAUGGAACUGAAUACCAAAGAUUUACGUGUUUAUCAGGAUUGUAUUCGCGCCUUGAGAACGAAGCAAGAGGAGUUCAGGAGAAAUUUGGUUGUCACGGCCCGCCAGUCUACGUCGUUUCUUCCGGAUGCCAGAAUGCUAGAUGAGCCGCCAGCGGAAGUCAUGCAGUUAUUUUACAGACCGCGUGAAGAUAGUACGAAAGACCAGACUCUUUCCCGACCAGCACUAUCCUUGCGGAGCGCUUCAUACAAUGCCUUUAUGAAAUACUGCAGCGAUAGGACCGUCCGCUUCCAGACAUGGCAGGCUUUAGUUGGUCGAGCCGGAUUUCGAGAUCCUGAUACCAACAAUAGUUUGGUCAUCGAAGAUAUUCGCCAGUUACGAUCGCGGGAAGCAAAGAUUUUGGGAUACGAUAAUUACGCCGCGCUAUCCAUGGAGACGAAAAUGGCCAGGUCAAUGGCCAAUGUGAUGAACGUUGUGUCGGAAAUGACAGUUCCCAGUAAAGUGAAAUGUCAGGGUGAACUGGAAGCUCUGCAGAAGUUUGCUGGGGAAAACGGAUUCCGGCAUGAGCUACAAGUGUGGGAUGUGGCAUACUGGAGGCGGCGACAGGCGGACCGUGAUUUUGGAGUCAAACAAGAUCGUAUUCGACCAUAUUUUCCCCUCCCACAUGUGCUCGACGGAAUGUUCAGUUUAUGCCAGAAAUUGUAUGGAAUUUCUAUCAAGAAAUCUGACAAAGUUCCUGUGUGGCACAAGGAUGUCUCGUUCUACCAAGUUUACAACGAAGAAGGCCAACCGAUAUCUGGAUUUUAUUUGGACCCAUACGCGAGGCCAGAUGAAAAACACACUGCACCUCAAGUGGAGCUAGGGCAAAAUCGAAAUGACGCAGCCCAAGCAAGACCACUCGCAGCACUGAUUUUCAGUUUCAUGCCACCUAGCGGAAAGAUCUCAUCAUUGUUAACGUUUGACGAUGUGUCGGCUUUGUUUCAGAGGUUUGGCACGGCGUUGCAGCAUCUGUUGACAACAUCGCCCUACAGUGAUGUAUCCGGUGUUAAUAACGUCCAGUGGGAUGCACUGGAUGUUUCGGGAAAUUUUAUGCGAAUGUUGUUGCGUCGGCCGGAAAUCCUUGAAUCUUUAAGUCGCAAUGUUAACACCGGUAAGACCUUACCGGCGGAAACCAUGCAGACACUGCUCAAGGCCGAGAACCAUCUUUCGUCGCUGGACCUCUUAACAGAAAUGUACUUCGGCGUACUGGAUCUGUCGCUGUAUUCGAAACCCGAUUUCUGGCAAGACAUCAUGAAAGAUGUAUGGAGAGAUUUUAUGCCUUUUCCCCUGGAGAAGAUGGAUGCGCAUCCCUGUGGUUUUGCUCACAUUUUCAUUGGUGAUCACGCGGCAGCAUAUUAUUCGUUCUUAUGGUCCGAGAUGGUGGCGGCUGACGCAUUUAGCGCACUGGAGGAAGCCGGUUUUAAUAAUUCCGAUCAGCUGAUGAAGAUCGGACGCAAGUUCCGUGAUACAUUUCUGAGUCUCGGUGGAAGUGUGCCGGCCGAUGAGGUGUUCCGACGUUUCCGCGGCCGGGAUGUACAAUCGCAGGCGUUGCUCCGACAACACGAAAUAGUUUAAGACAUGGACGGUUUUAAUUUUUUAAAUGAACAAUAUGUGUGGGCAGGCGUGGGUUUUCUACCGGGAAUUGUUGAUUGAUCUGUUACUGUUGCUGACGUGUCGAAUGUGUGUAUGCUUCGAAUAUGUGUACGCUUGGAGGGACGCGUGAUGAUUUGAUUAAGAGGAAAAUGUGUGCGCAGCACGGCCGGGA